AUGUAUUCAUCAGGUGCGUCUUUACUUUCUUGCUCCUCGCGGAACUGGAAGAAGGUGAAAGUUCUUGGUUCUGGUUCUUAUGGAAUUGUUUGCUUAGCCAUACCCAUGAACCUAAGACUUUCUUCUAAACUCACCGCUAUCAAAUCCUCCAUCAUCCAACACUCCAAGUCUCUUCAGAAGGAGGAAAGGAUUCUUCAACACUUUUCCAAUUGCUCAGAGAGCAUAGUUCAUUGUUACGGCAACGAACUAAGCAUCGAAAACGGCUAUCGACUCUACAAUCUCAUUCUUGAAUAUGCCAACGGAGGCGAUCUUUUCGACUUGAUACACUCCCAUCCAGCUGGCAGAUUACCAGAACAUGAUGUCCAGAACUACACCCGUAUGAUUCUCAAAGGUCUUCACUGCAUUCAUGAACAAGGCUAUGUUCAUUGUGAUCUUAAGCCCGAAAACAUCCUCGUAUUUCGUACCCAAUACGGUACACAACUUAAGAUUUCAGACUUCGGAUUGGCCAAAGAACCAGGGAAAGAAGAUGAGUCUAUGAAGGAGUAUAGUAAUGAGUUUAGGUUUCGAGGGACACCGCUUUAUAUGUCCCCAGAAUCUGUGGCGUUUGGGGAGAUGAUCGAGGCUCCGCUGGAUAUAUGGUCGUUGGGUUGCAUAGUGAUCAAUAUGAUGACAGGGAAGUAUGCUUGGCCAAGCAAGAUGAAGAUGGAUUUGGUUCGUUUGCUUGCUUUUAGCAACAAAGAACCGGAAUUGCCACGCCAUAUGUCCGCCAAAGGCAAAGAUUUCUUGAGGAAGUGCUUCAUUAGGGAUCCAAGAAAAAGAUGGACGGCUAAGAUGUUGUUAAAUCAUCCAUUCGUUGCUGAUCAAAACCCAUAUAACAAGAUGAACGCCAUGAAUUGCUCUCAAUCACAAAUUGCCAGGUUUUCUCUUCAAGUUGAAAGCGGUAGCAGAUGUGGAUUUGCUUGA